UGCAAUUUUCUCAUUCAUUCUCGGACACCUGGCAUUUCACACACGUGGAGGGGGAGACGCAGGAAGACGCUGCUGCAAAAUCCAAUGGAUCAAAUCCGUUUUUCGUCACAAAAGCCACCAACAUUUCCCUGUUUGUUACCAUGCUCCAAAAACAAGAGAGGCAGUGGUGGAAGCUCCAGAUCAAACGUGUCACUGUGGGUUGUCUCCUCAUCAGUAUAACUCUGCUCUACGCUCUUUCGACAGUACAGAUCGACUUCACUCCAGAGCUUCCAGUGCCUCGCUCCUGUGCUCCCCCACCAGACCAGCACAGCACCCAGCCAACCACCAACAUCUCACAGCGAGACAAAAACAUCUGUGUUCCUAAAGUAGACGUCAUGUUUAUGAAGACCCAUAAAACCGCCAGCAGCACCUUCCUCAAUAUCCUGUUCCGCUUUGGAGAGAAGCACAAACUCAGAUUUGCCUUCCCCAACAGCCGGAACGACUUCUUCUAUCCCGCCCCUUUUCAGCACGCGUACGUUCAAGGCUACGAAUCUGGAAUGUGUUUUAACAUCAUGUGUAACCACAUGCGAUUCAAUGCCACCGAGGUGGCCAGAGUGCUGCCCCGAGACACUUUCUACAUCACAAUAUUACGAGAUCCAGCAGAGCUCUUUGAGUCAGCCUUUCAUUAUUUUGGUCACGUCGUUCCUCUGACCUGGAGGAUACCUGGUCAGGAUAAGAUGGCUGAGUUCCUGGGUGACCCUAAACAGUACUUCAGCCCAGAUGGAUUUAACGCUUUCUACCUGAAGAACCUGCAGUUCUUUGACUUUGGGCAGGACAACACUCUGGAUCCAGACGACCCGCGUGUUGAAGGGGGCAUCAGGGUCAUCGCUGAGCGUUUUCACUUAGUCAUGCUAAUGGAGCACUUUGAAGAAUCCCUCAUCCUGCUUCGGGAUGCUCUCUGUUGGGAGACGGACGACAUCAUCUUCUUCAAGCUCAACUCCCGUAAGGAAUCCACCAUAUCUAAACUGACUCCUGAGCUCAGGGCGAAGGCCCUGCAGUGGAACGGCAUCGACUGGAAGCUGUACAAACAUUUUAACGUGACCUUUUGGGAGAAGGUGGAGGUUUUUGGACGACAACGUAUGGCAGAGGAGGUCGCCAAACUAAAGAGGAGGAACGCAGAAUUGGUGGAGAUCUGCAUUGAGGGAGGUCACUCCGUCGAGGCUGGAAGUGUUCACGAGGAGGCCAUGCUGCCGUGGCAGCCCAUCGGGGAGACGUCUAUAGAAGGAUACAAUUUGAACAAAAACAUAAACGAAGCACAUCAGGAACUGUGCCGAAAGAUGUUAACCCAAGAAAUUCAAUAUUUGACAGACCUGGGCGCUAACCUGUGGGUAACUAAGCUGUGGGGACAUGUGAGGAAUAUCAUUCAGUGGUGAUGAGAUACAAGAGACACAAGAGCUGAAUGCAUUUGAGAGUGGUGUUUUAAGCUUUUCACUAUCUAUUCCUGUUUUUAUGGCCUGACAUAAAAAAGUGUAGCUAUAUUACUUAUCUUUAUGUUUUUAUUGUAGUCUGGCUGAGAUUCACAACUACACACAGGUGUCAAUAUCAUCCAGUGCAGAGCUGCAGUUUCAGACCUCUUACAGUCCGACCGGUGGCACCGAGAAAAUGAUCUACGAGGUGAGAUAUUGGGGAAGUGUAACCCUCUUAUUCAUAUUUUUUUCACACUUUCUUGCAUUUUACCAGAACUCACUUUAAACAGGAAUCUUCAAAUGUCAUCCAGGGUUUUCACACAAGGUUACCAUUGUUUGUUUGCCCAUGAACAUGAGAGAUAGAUAGAAUUAUAUUUUACAAAUGUGGUGAACACAAUCCAGAACCUGCACCUUGUAUUAUGAAUGCAGUAUCAUUUAAAAGAAAAAACCUUUUCAAUAAAGAACUUCUUUCUUUUUUACUCCUUCUCUCCCUUCUCACACAAGCAGAAGUAUUACCCUUAAAAGCAGUUGUAACGUCACAGCAUUGAUGUGUUACCAAUUUGGCGUGUUUCACAGUGGUGCCAGGCUGUACAAACAAAUCCAAACGACUAUAUCUGACCUGCCAGUCAGGUCAUUACUGCUAUCUGGUGGUAAAGGUAACUCCUCUUUUGUCAGGCUGUUGGUUUCACUGCUGCACCCCUGAGCCUAUGGGGGC